UACCCUAAAAAACAAAACAAAUAAAAACAAUAAAUUUACUGAUUCAUGUGAGUGAUCAAUUUGUGUUACACAGAUGGUAUAAUGGUUACGGUUUCAAGCAAAGAGUCUGGCCUCUCUCCACAAAUGUUUUUAACAUAGCCAGACUGUAUUGCUAGUUGGUAUAUCUUACAUGACAUGUGUACUAUUAAUGAAGCCCCUGCAGCAUUAAAAAAAAAUCAUGGUACAUAACUGUCAAAUCUUAUGCCUUCCUCCUUCGUGGACUCAUUUCUCCGAUUCUGGCAGUUGAAACCCGAACUGGCAUUUUGUCAAAUAAUGUGUUGACUUGCAAGCACUGCAGCAGUAACCUGACCUCACCAAGAUGGCGGUGCUCUCCUCCCAUGAGGAACCACGUGAUGUCUCCUCUAGCGAUAUAACUCAUUGGGUUUUUAUAAAAGAUUCGGUUUUGGUCUAAAAAACAGCUCAAACUGGUUCCUGUUUCAUGUUUUGACUCGUUUUAUUUUACAUAUUAAUAAAAAACGUAAAAUAGAAUUACUGAACUCAUGGUGUAAAAACGUAAGAAUGAACACAAUGGUACUUUGUUUUGGUCAGUGGGCUGUCAGUUUUUUUUAACUGCGUGAUAACCGAGUGUGGUUUCAGUUUGCUCCCUGACUUUUUAAACGAGGAAGAAGCUUUUAGCGAAGCUGUUUCUGUUCGGCUUCGUCCUUUUAAUGAUUAUUUGAUAAGAAAUUUGGAGUUUUGAUCAUUUUUUCCCCCGGUUAUUCUGUAAUUCCAUAUUUGUUCUUGUGCUACUUUAUUUUUUCUUGAAAGAAAAAUGGCGUCGACGCCCUUCUUCUUCUUGAGCAUUUUGUUUUUAGCCUGGUUUACCACAGAUGCUCUCUCGGUGAAGGUAAUUGAGGUGUUAAAGGGUUCCAGCAUUGUCCUCAGUCCAGGUGAAGCAGAAACGUCCAUCAUCAGCAUAACAUGGAAACAUGGAGAUGAUUUGGCUGCAGACUGGUUUGGAGGGGAUACAACUUUCUAUCGCAUCUAUAAGGAUCGCUGCAGUUUAAAUACUAAAACAGGUGAACUGACCAUCAAUAAUGUGAGACCAGAGCACGGCGGCGAGUACACGCCAGAUAUUAAUGGAAAAACCCGAUCUACUGUGAAACUACGAGUUUUCUCUCCAGUCCCCAAACCCAACAUUAUUCAUGACUGUAAUCCUGAGGAAACCAAAUGUACCCUUCUCUGUACGUUUGUCAGAACUGAUGAUCUGGGAGAUGUGGAGGUUUUCUGGAUUCUUGAUGACAGACGUGAAAAUGGCACAGAGCUACAGAUCACUAAGGACACAAAGGAGAAGAGGUUCUACUGCAGCCUGAAAAAUCCUGUCAGCUCUGAGAACAGCACAGAACUGAAGAACCCUCUCUUUUCUGGAGGAACAAGUCUUUACUAUCUACUGAUGUUUCUUGUUAUUCCUCUGAUUGGGGUUGGACUGUUCUUGAUUUUCCACCACGAAAAGCGUCCCACGGUUGAGAGGACUUUGAAACAAAGAUUUUUAAGAUGGCUGUUUAAAGAUGACGACCUGUAGGAGUCAAACUCUGCCGAUAUGUUGUUUGUCCUGUGGGUGUCGCUGUUGUGUGAUUGGACAUGUUAAAAACAGGCUGGAAUCAAGUCAGAGGUGUUGUUCUGAAGGAGCAACUGGUUUUUCAGCCGUUACCACAAAGUAAAAUAAAGUCUUAAUGAGUUAUGAAUCAUCAGUACAGAAUGAAGAAAUAAAUAUUGGCUUUGAUUUGCAAAAAAAAAACCAGAACCAAGAAUCUUUAGUUAUGAAGAAACUCGUUUAAUCCGUUGAAGGCCAUUCCAGACCAUCAGGCCAACACCACCAGCAUAGGAGCUCAAACAUUGGACUGAGCUACAACAGCAGCUGACAAAUGUUUAAUUUAUUGGAUCAAUGUCAUCAUCUGCAGGUUUAGCAGGAGGCUUUUGAAGUGAAUUCUUAAAAAAAAGUUCAGUUCUGUCUGUGGAGAGAGAUGUUCAUGUGGAAGAUCACGCUCACCUCAACACAUUUGUAAACUUUGUGUGUUUACCGUGAUGUCACCAUUGAGUGGGCCGUGGUGAGAAGGAGGACUCUUUAUGACGAACAAUACGGUAGAGUUCCAAGACGAGUUCUCAGUUUCGAAAAGUGAAAUACAAGUUCUGACGAGUAGCAAGGGGCGGGAACACAUAACAGCAGUUUUUAAGUGGCUGCAUUGACUCCCUGAGUGUUUCAGAUUAAUGUUAAAGUUCUCUUAAUGGUUUAUUAAUGUUUUAUGGUCUUGGGCCCUUAGUCGUUCCUAAAGUGAGAACCAAAACACACGGUGAGGCCUCUUUACACCAUUACAGUCCUCGCCCGUGGAACAGCCUGCCAGAAAACCUCAGUGCCGUAGAGACUGUAGAGGUUUUCAAGAAGACUUUUUAAUUGAUUAAUUAUUUUAUUCUAUAUCUAUUUAUUAAUUUAUUUUCUCUAUUUAAUACUUUUUUAACUUGUAUACAGACUACUAUUUUAAUUUACUACCCUUUUUACUGGUAUAUUUGUGAUCUUUAAGGUGAGGUUUAAUCAGUUCCAAUGCUUUUAUUGUCAUGUUUUAUUUAUAAUUAAUUGUUAUAUUCUGGUGUUUCAUCUCAGGGAUCCAUUAAUCUGGCGCACUACCGGCCGCCGCCUUUUUUGCUGCGGUGUUUGUUCUCAUUAGGCCGUCUGGGGUCCCACUCUGUGGUCUAAAAGCCAUGGAGUGGGCCCCGGGGUGCUCUGUCUUGAGCGGGCGCCGUGACAAUGACCCCUGUGGUCGGGCUGGGCCUUGGAAUUAAUGGAUCCCCAUUACAUAGUUUCGGCACAGCCGAGCCAGACGGUUUCUUUAAGAUACAGUUCUUAACGUUUUUGUUCAGGGUUCUAUUCCCCCGAACUGGGUGGGUGGAGGGAGGAAUCUGGUGAGGGAGGGGUGCCAACUAUGUAUGAUUGUCCUGUGGUUUCUGCUUUCAUUAAUUAAUAAUUAAAUAGUUCUUUGCAUCCCCACCAGGAAAUCGUUUGCUCCUUUUUCUGCAGAAGUCUUUGAGUAUCAUUCAUCUGCUUCCACCAUCCUCAGAAACAUUUGGCAUCCACCCCUAAAAUGUCCUGCAGGUUCUUCACCAGAAUGUUCUUUGGCGUUUGCCACCGCUCAGAGUUUGAAUACUAAAUCAGUUGAGCGUUUCUUGGCCAUCGUUACACUGGUUACAACACAAAUGCCUAAAAUUUAUUGCAGUGUUCAUGUCAGCCACAGUCGUGGAAGCUAAUGUGUCUAGACCAACAAUCAACUCAGCAUGUGACAUGUAGAGCUGUAUCUAACCAAAAUAAAUACUGUCUUCAAGACAUCAACAAUAAAAGAACUUUACUUA